GUAGCGGCAGCCAAUUGGAAGGCUGGCGUGGAGUUGCUCAAGAGCGCGUCACCGAAUGGCCACGAAAUGCUCAAAGCGAAUGGGCACGCACCGACUGCCGGUGAUCUGAUGCACAUGCCAAGUCUGGCACAAACACUGCGACAGAUAGCCGAACACGGCAAAAAGGGCUUCUAUGAGGGAUAUGUUGCCGAAGCGAUUGUGAAUGUGAUUAAGAGCCUGGAUGGUCCGAUGGAUCUGAGUGACUUGUCAGCACAUACUACCGACGUAGUUCAGCCAAUCAAGUACGAAUGCAUACGUAAGAGAUAUGUGGGAAGGCGUACGUACAUUGGUGAACAGCAAGAUGGAAUCACAUGGAUGGGUUGA